GGCUGAGUCGCGACUAUGUGGGGGCGGUAGGCGCCAAGAGGGUUGAUAGACCGCAGCCGCAAGGACUUAUGAUUGGGGCCGACACUCGACUCAAUCCGGCUGUAUUGAGAUCUCAUAGUUGAGUAUGCGGAUUCGCCAAGGUUGUGUAGCUUUUCGUUGGACAGGAAGUGCAGUAGCGGCGCUGCUGUGUAACAACAUCAUGCCAUACAGACAUAUUGGUCAACCAAUCCGUCCCUCCAAUGCACCCCUCGCUCAACGUAUAGAUCGGUGUCAUCACAGGCACUACAUAGCCUCGUGAAAAGCCUAGCCUUAACUCGCACCCGGAGUACGAACAUGUCUUGCAUUUCUCUUCCUCCCUUGGUACAUUUGCCAUGACUCCCACACAGUUGGAGGAACAUCGGUACAGCACACCCGACAUUGAACGCAGUCCUACUGUCAGUCAGGAGCGGUUUUCUUUCGACUCACAGCUGAGCACCGAUGUAUCCUUGCUUGAAUCCUCUUACCGCGAUGAGCCCGUGGCCUCAUAUCCGGAUAGUUGCACACUCAGUGUACACGACACAGACCGGAGCACUGUUUCGUUGAAAGACCAGAUAAUCCCCAAUUCUUCACUCGAAGAGAAGGAUGUGGAAUUCCCUCGAGGUUGGCCAACAUUACCGCAGCCACUCAAGACAUCCUUCGGCUCGAUCCUCUGGUCCGUCACUAUUGAUGUGGUCUUGCUGGCCAUUGCAGUUGCGUUCCUCGUUUUCGCUUGGUCCGUCGUUUUGUACGAUCAGAAACCUACGAAGUUCCAUUCACAGGCGGCUCAGAGGUUCGAGCAAGCUUCAAGAUGGGGCCCGACUAUAUAUCCGAUAGUUUUUGCUUCGAUCGUCGGACGAGCCACACAUGCAGUCAUGCUCUGGGGGCUUGAGACGGGCCAGCGUAUCGCUGUCUUGGACACACUAGCCGGUAGCACAUCACUUACCAGUACCGUUGUCUCGCAAGUCCACCUACGAAGGGUCAGCUAUGUUGGCCUCGGCCUAGUCGCCAUCUGGAUGCUCUCUCCCGUGGGUGGUCAAUCCUCCUUUCGGCAGAUAACGUUUGGCCCAAGACACGCGUCCGAAAAUACAACGUAUCUUUAUGUUGCACCUGGUCCUCAGAUGUGGGUACCUGAUGGGGGCACAACCGAGUCGAACCUGAAUAGCAUAUUUACAGCUGCGCUUCUUAGCUCAGCAACACAAGAAGGCUCUCCACGCGAUCCCUGGGGUCACAUCAAAGUUCCUAGAGUUCAGUACUAUGAGAAGAUAUCGCCUGCAGAUGACCAAGGCUGGUACAAGACAGAGAACGGUACUGAAGACACGUAUAGUUCUCUCAUUGGAAUUCCGAUGAGCGGCAUAGACUCAACAGACUUUGUUGAAUAUGCAGCCACGAUCGAAGCCAUGUACUUCCAUCUGAAUUGCGAAUUCUGCACAAUCCAGGAUGGACUUCACUUUGAGUAUAACCAUAAUCAAAGUUGGUUUGGUAAUCUGUCCUGGAGUGAAAACACUACGGAACGGGCUAUGAUGCACGAAGACGACCUGAAACCCUUUUCGUUCAUGUUGACAUGGGAAGAUUCCGAUGUUUUAAAUUGUACCAUCGAGACAACAUACGUCGAAGUUGCUGUCUCAUGCCCGACGUACCGUACCUGUUCAGUGCCGCGUAUCCGACGUUCUCACCUCAAGCAUCCACCACUAGCUUACACACUAUUGGGUCUUAAUUACGGUUUGAAUGGGACGAUGUGGGAGCAAACCAUUAACUCGUCAUCGCAGCUUUUCUCUAGAGGCUACCUAAACGAUCCAAAGGACCCAAGAAGUGGCUUAAGAAGUGGCUUUGCACUAUCUUCACAACGCCCUACCAGCGACUCUGCGACACGACUCGGACAAAUGCUGAAUACGUACUGGGCAGCAAUGAACGGCAAAAACGUCUUCACUAGUGGCGUCAACGAAGUCACGAUCUGGACAGACCCGAACAUAUCUUGGGAAUAUCAAGAUACGAGCCAGGACUUGACAGAGGUACCUCGCAUCAACGGUACAUAUCGCAACAACAGUACGGGAAUAAUCUACACAGUGUUGCACAAUGGCACCAACAGGACAGCCUACGCAGCGUCGUAUAACGCUGAAACGGCUUAUCUGGCAAGAGCAUGGGAGAGUAGUGGCACGAAACGCAGUAGUACGGAAGUGUUUCAAGCCCAUUGGGGCUGGGUCGUCGCCCUCAUGAUCUCGUCGACUGUUAUGAUCACGGCUAGUCUGAUUCCCUUUUACCUCCGGACAUUCUUCUUACGCGGUCCAGACAUACUCAUGAACAUUUCCAGUCUAGCAACAAGAGAAAGUACUCACCUAGCGCUUCCGACAACAGGGACUUACCUCAACGCGUCGGAUCGAUCGCGGUGUCUGAAAGACGUGCGCAUAGCAUUUCGAGACGUAGACAAGGACGGCGAAAAUGGGAGGUUGGCGAUUCAACAGGUGGCAAAGGUCAUUGCACCACUUGAGAAGGGGAGAAAGUACGUGUAAGAUUUGCGAUUGAGAAUUGUCAGAAGGUGGGCUGGGGUGAGAUAUGCCAAAUGGUAUUAGCAGACAAUAGGCGAACUAUAUGCCAUAAAAGGAAAAAAAAUCAUUGAGUAUACAGGGGUUUGCAAAUAGGGAAACAAAACGUCUUCCGAGGGCUAGAUGCGUGAAGUAGGGAAGACGAUGAGAUCCAAAGACACAGCAUAGCAAUGGAAUAGAUAGCGAGCAACGCAGAUCGUGAUGCCG